AUGCAUGCGAUUGAGCCUCGGGGCUUGAGUGGAGGAUUGUGUUUAUUCUGGAAGGAGAUGUCACAGGUUGUAUUACUUAAGUAUGCUGAUUUUUUUAUUGAGGUUGUGAUCAAGGAUGAGGAGAAUGGUGCCAAGUGGUGCUUCUUUGCAGUGUAUGCAAGUAUUGAUGAGCGAGUACGGAGAUCACAAUGGCAAAUAUUACAAGAUAGGAUGGCCCAGUGUCAGGAGGCUUGCUUACUUAUGGGAGAUUUCAAUGAUAUUAUGGACGUAUCUGAGAAGCGUGGGGGUUUGCCACGAACGGAACGAAGCUUGUAUGAUUUUUCCACAUUUGCAGUGAAUAGUCACCUGUUGGAUUUGGGAUAUGUGGGUCAUCCGUUUACUUGGAGGAACAAGCGGCAGGAGGGAGGCAUAAUGAAACGCUUGGAUAGGGGUUUUGGGAAUGAUCAAUGGGUUACACUGUAUCCAGCUGCUACAGUACAUCAUGUGGUGGUGCCUGGCUCUGACCAUGUGCUGCUCUUACUACAAACCCAAGGUCCAGGUAGGAAAUGGCGUAAAAGAUUUAUUUUUGAUCCUCGCUGGGGGGAUUCAGAGGGGUGCCGAAAAGUGGUAGAAGUGAGAUGGUGCAGACAGUUUCCAGGGUCAAGGGGGCUACAGAUUUCGGGGAAAUUAUGCUGGGUUAGGAAGGGGAUUUUGGAUUGGAGAAGAAGUGAAUGGAGAAGUUCCAAGGCUACUAUUGCUCUCUUACAGCAACAACUCAAAGCUACUUAUCUGGCUCCUGACUUUGAUCGUGAUGAGGUCUUGCAGUUGGAAAGUAGCCUUAAAGAGGCGUUCCGGGAGGAAGAGGUAUAUUGGAAGCUUAAAUCUCGAGUCCAAUGGCUUAAUGAAGGAGAAAAGAACACAAAUUUUUUUCAUUCUAAGACGCUUGCUCGUCGUCGUGCAAAUAGGAUGGUGGGUUUAGAAGAUUCUGCAGGACGGUGGUGUACGGAUGAUAGUGAAUUUAAACCACUAAUCAUUUCCUAUUUUCAGGAGAUUUUUACCACGUGUUCCCCUUCGAAUAUAGAGUACAUUACUGAUUGUGUUCAGCCACGGGUGAGCAUGCAGCAGAGCUUGACACGGCAAAUCUCAUCUGAAGAGAUUUGGCUAGCAGUGAAAUCCUUGAACCCUACAAAGUCGCCGGGUCCAGAUGGAUUUAUGGGGAAAUUCUUCCAACAGUAUUGGGAUGUGGUUGGUGAGGAUAUCAGUGGAAUGGUCAAGAGUUUUUUCACUCCGAGAAGCUUCAUAGAACUCUUAAUCAUACGCAUCUCGUCUUGA